AUGCCUGCUGACGUCCCAAGAACGCUCCUGCUACUUCUGUUGUGUGCUGCCUCGGCUGCAGGAGGGAACAGCAGUGCAAGAGGAAGAACAUUCGGCCUCUUCGACGUGACCAUCACAGAUGAACCCUUCACUCUUGGCGACCUUUACGGCCACGAUGUGGACUUGAAGGUGAAGCGUACCUCGAGAGUUGGUAACGUGACCACUAGGGGGCCUGCCAUCUCAGAGGCGGCGCUGCAGUUCCUGAGAGGCCGCGUGUCCACGAUCCUCAUCCCGUCCUUUUACACGCUGGUCUGCUUGGUGAGCGUUCCCAUCAACAUCUGUGCCGUGCUGGCCUUCACCCGCCGCAUCCGUCCCAAGAAGCCGGCCGCCGUCUACAUGCUGAACCUGGCAUGCGCAGACCUCAUCUUCGCCUCGCUGCUGCCCUUCAAGGUGGCGUACCACUUUGGUGGCAACAACUGGAUGUUCGGCGAGGUCAUGUGCCGCGUGCUCACCGCCGCCUUCUACUGGAAUAUGUACUGCUCGGUGCUGCUCAUUGCAUGCAUCAGCGUGGACCGCCUCCUCGCCGUGGUCUACCCCAUUGACUCCCUGACGUGGAGGAGGCCUCGGAUCGCCAUGGCGGCCUGCGUGACCAUGUGGAUCUUGUCCUUGGCCGCCUCGGUGCCUCUGGUGAUCUCGGAGCAGACGGUGCACCUGAAGGAGCUGAACAUCACCACCUGCCACGACGUCCAGAGCGUUGACCAGCUCAUCGGGCGCUACAAGGCGUUCUUCAUCACGCUGUGCUGCACCCUCUUCGUAGUCCCCCUGCUGGUGACUGUGGUAUCGUACGCUCGCGUCAUCUGGUCUCUGAGCGCGGUCCCUCGUGGUGUGCCCGCCCGCUCCCGCAGAAAAAGCAGGGCGGUGGUGAUGGCUCUGACGGUGCUGGUGAUCUUCUUGCUGUGCUUCGCACCCACAAACUGCCUCCUGCUGUUCCACUACGUGCAGCUCCACCGGAGGGUCCAAGACGCUCCUGAAGACUCCUACGCCGCCUACUUGGUCUUUCUCUGCUUGGGGAGCCUCAACUGCCUCCUGGACCCGCUGCUCUAUUUCUUUGGCUCGUCUCAGUGCCAGAGAGAGCUGGCCGGACUGUUGAGGUGUCAGAAAAUAGCGGAGAGCUUCAGCAGGUCCUCGUCGGACUCGUACAGAUCCAGCACCAGAACCAUUCUCAAGUCGGGCCGCACGGACACCUCCAGGAUCAACGCCUCUGUCACCAAACAGGAUUCUUUGCAAGGGAACCUCGGCGGUGAAUACAAGAAGCUUGUGGUCUGA